AUGGUGAUAUUCUGGGCAUCGUGCAUGACUCACAUGGAUGAUAGCAUAUUCAAAGAACCAGCAAAGUUCAAUCCUGCACGAUUUGAGAACCAAGCUUCUGUACCUCCUUACAGCUUCGUUCCAUUUGGAGGGGGCCCUCGUAUAUGUCCAGGAUACGAGUUUGCAAGGAUUGAAACCCUAGUCACGAUCCAUUAUUUGGUUACUCGAUACACAUGGAAGCUAUGCUGCAGUGACAAUUUUUUCAGCAGGGAUCCAAUGCCAGUACCAACUCAAGGGCUUCCAAUCCAAAUUAUGCCAAAGAAACCGUUGUAA